AUGACGAACGAUAGUGCUUCAAUAAGACGUGAAUGGGACACCAUCUUUGGGGGCUCUCGGUCAUCUUUGGCUUUGCUGAAACAACAAGCUGUGGGUGACACACUCUGUCAAUCUGGAAUUCGGUCUGUGUAUUGGAAGGUGUUUCUCGAAUACUUCACUGCACCGCAACCUGCAACAUGGUCUUCUGCACAAACUGAACGACGACAACGCUACACCAACCUGAAAAGGAAAUACAUUGACGAGCCAGCCGAGCAAAUGAUCAAAAAGAGCGAGGAUGAUUUGGACCUUGUUGCUAAUAACCCUUUGGCACAAACGGAUAAUAAUCCAUGGCAACAGUAUUUUGAAGAUUCAGAGAUCCGCAAAGUGAUACGGCAAGAUGUGGAUAGGACCUUUCCAGAUGUUGAGUUCUUUCGAUCAGAUCAAGUGCAGGAGCAAAUGACCGAUAUCCUUUUCAUUUACUGCAAGUUGAAUCAAGACGUAUCGUAUCGUCAAGGAAUGCAUGAAUUACUUGCGCCGAUUUAUUUCGUAUUGUCAAUGGAAAGCAUAUCAACCCCGAAUGACUCUCACAGCCCAGUCGAUGCAACGGAUCGGUUGAUUACUCAAGUGCUCGAUCCCCAUUAUGUGGAGCAUGAUGCGUAUAUUUUAUUUGACAAGCUUAUGGUUCAUGCCAAGCCAUGGUAUGAAUUCAAUGAAAAGUUAUCCUCGAGUAUUCCCAGGUCAUCGGGUCAUGGACUUGGUGGCAAUAUACCCAGACAAGCACAGAACACACGUUCAAAUCCAGUGGUUCUUUCAUGUCAACGUAUCCAUCAUCAAUAUUUACGUGCAGUGGAUCCUGUAUUGUAUGGACAUCUAGAGCGUUUUGGGAUUGAACCACAGCUUUAUGGCAUGCGUUGGCUAAGGCUUCUUUUUGGACGUGAAUUUGAGUUUCAUGAAUUGUUACGGCUAUGGGACGCUAUUUUUGCCACGGAUCCAUCGCUCAAGAUUGCAGAGUACGUUUGCUUGGCAAUGCUUUUACGAAUGCGCGACAAGUUGUUAUCAAGUGAUUAUGCCGAGUGCUUGACAAUAUUGAUGCGAUGUCCUCAAGUUGGCAAUCCAUCCACCCUUGUGGAGCAAGCAAGCUAUCUUCAAACCGAUCUUUCAGAAGGUGGUGGUCUACACAUAUUACAGCAGAAUGAUGUUAGAUCUGGUAAACCAGCACGACAUUCGCUUUGGGAUGGAGUUCAACAACAACAACGUGAGGAUCCAAUGAAUCGCCUAUCACAUCGAAGAUCGCAUGGAGCCAAUUUGGAUGGUUUAGCAAGCAUCACUCGAGGUGUUAUGAAGAGUCCUCAAGUGCGAGAUUUGAAUAAGGCUAUUGCAGGUGUAAUGGGCACCGUUCAGAAAAAUGUCAACAUGCUCGGUGACAAUAUGCUCAAUCGUGCUGCAAGCUUUGAUGCACCUCCUUCUCGAAGACGUCUUACAGUGUCAUCAGAAUUCCCUGCCAACAUUGACCAACAAUUUGCCAGACCAUCGUCACAGCGAGUAUCCAGCAACCCUCGACGAAUGCCAAAUACCAGUCAUCCACAACAAUCACAAUCAUCACAACCGACACCAGGACGUGUAAUGAGUGAAGAGGCAGCUGCAUUAUCCAAACUCAAAGGGACAAACUCACAAAUGGCGGAUCUUUUGGGAAAAUGCAUUGACGUAUUGGAGAUUGAGUUAUUUGAAAAGAGAGAGAAGAUGGAGCACAAGGAGGAGGAUACCAAUGUUGAUCAAUACAGCCCUGAUGAAGCAUCAUUGGUGAGCGUUCUUGCUGGCAUCAAACAUGUGCGUGAUGUCCUGUCGGGGAAGCAGCCAUCUUUUGAUCCAAGUGUGAUCCCUGUCAACACACCAACAACGCCUACUACGACUACGACUACUGCACCCUCUCAGCCUACGCCAACCACUCCUACCACUGGCACAGCCGUUCCUACGACACCAACUACUGCUGCUACUACUACUGGUGCUGGUGUGACCGAUACAGCUAGCACGGAUGACCAACCAUCACUUAAGGAUUGGGAUGUUGUUGAUUAUCAGGAGGAUGACAAGCAAUCUAUUUUGAGUUCUCAAGAUCCAGGCACCAAACCAUUGCCACAACUACAGCCUACCAAAUCACAAGAAGCCCAACCAGAACCACCUAUCUUAACGAACAAAGCAACCUCUGAAUCUGCACCUUCCUCAUCAACACGUCGAACCGCAGUACCCAAGGAGAAUGUAGUGUACAGCAUUGAAGAUUUAUUAUCGGAUCCCACAUUACAAAAGGAAAAGGCGUCAUCGAGCAAAAGCAACAAGUUUAAUUGGAUGCUUGACGAGCAAGAGAACGAUAAGGGUGAGCGGCCAGCCCAUUUAUUUAGACCCACUUCUUCCCCGAGAAAGCGAGCUAGUGUCAAUUUUAGCAACUAUGCCAAAUCGCCAACAUCACCAUCCAGCGGCUCGGCUGUACAAACAGUGGACCCUUUGGGGGCAAAGAGUACGGAUUAG